AUGCUUUUACCGAGUUCUGGUCACCUCAGAGCCUUCCUUGUCGGUUUUCUUUGCCUCACCGCCGUCUAUGCCAUUGGGCAGGAUACUUGCGUGUCGUUCAAGUCCUCAGGCUCCGACCUUUCUAUCAUUAAUGGUGACUCUGCUGCACCACUAUACCUUUCUGAAGAUGAAUGGCCUGGCGUCCAACGUGCAGCUGCAGAUUUCGCGUCUGAUAUUCAGAAGGUUACCGGGAAGACGCCGAAAGCAUCAAAUGUUACGGCCUCUGUGAAGACGUCUGCAACACCCAUAAUCAUCGGUACCCUUGGAAAAUCGUCUCUCAUCGACGCCGUCGUGAACCACACACAGCUCGAUGUUUCCUCUGUUUCUGGCCAAUGGGAGUCUUUUAUGACAAAACUAGUUAAGAAUCCUCUUCCGGGUGUAUCUCAGGCAUAUGUAAUCGUUGGCGCGGAUAAACGAGGAACUAUCUACGCCAUGUACGAUUUAUCAGAGCAAAUUGGUGUUUCUCCAUGGUAUUGGUGGGCUGACGUGCCGACUACGAAGAACGCACAGAUUUUCUUUUCGGCUUCUGGUUGCUCACAUGGAUCGCCGACUGUGAAGUACCGUGGCAUUUUCUUCAAUGACGAACAACCAGCUCUGCAAAAUUGGGCAAUGGAGAAAUUUACAAACGGCACGGGUGCUGCUUUGACCGGCUCACCCUUUAAUCACUUCUUUUAUGCAAAGGUAUUUGAGCUCAUCUUGCGACUGAGAGGGAACUUCAUGUGGCCCGGUAACGCUUUUGGCGUGGACGACACACAGAAUCAGCCGCUCGCGGAUUGGUUCGGGAUCGUCAUGGGCACAAGCCAUGAAGAGCCAAUGAUGCGGUCUAUUCCAGUUGAAUGGUCCCUCUUCGGAGUUGGACCGUGGGAUUACUCGACCAACGCACAGUUUAUCUAUAACUUCUGGGUGAAUGGAACGGAACGUGCUAAGCCGUAUGAAAACAUAUUUACGGUGGGCAUGCGAGGUGACGGUGAUCUGCCUGCGUCCGAGGGGACGGACAUCCAAUUACUAGAGAAGAUAAUGUCUGAUCAACGACAGAUUUUAAUGAGUGUCUACAAUACAACAGACGUGACUGACAUACCACAGGCGUGGGCAUUAUACAAAGAGGUUCUUGGUUAUUAUGAUGAUGGCAUGCGUGUACCAGAUGAUAUAACCUUGCUCUGGAGUGAUGAUAACUGGGGCAACAUGGUCCGCCUCCCUGUUCCAGACGAGUUCAAUAGAACAGGGGGAGCAGGUGUAUAUUAUCAUGUUGGCGAUCCAAGAGACUAUAAGUGGAUAACGAGUACACAGAUGGCCAAGACCUUUGACCAAUUAUCCCAAGCGGUCGAACGGCACGCGACACGUCUCUGGGUUGUCAACGUUGGAGACUUAAAGCCGUACGAGCUUAAUACCGAAUUCUUGUUGUCUUAUGGCUGGAACUCUUCACGUUGGUCUCCGAAUAACCUUAACACAUUUGUUUCUUCAUGGGCGCAGCGCGAAUUCGACGUAUCACCUUCCGUUGCGAACGAAAUUGUGACGAUCAUGACGAAUCUCACGAGAUGGAACAAUCGGCGGAAGCCUGAAUUGUUGAAUGGAACAACGUUCAGUCUGACCGAUUACAGAGAGGCGGAGAAUGUCGUUACCGCGUGGGACGCGCUCCUUAAUGCCUCGACGAAGAUUUACAAUAGUCUGUCGUCUGACUUUCAACCUGCUUUCUUCGAGACGGUCCAGCAUCCCAUCUUAGCGAGCUCUACAUUGGGAAAAAUGUGGAUUGCUCAAGGAAUGAACAACCUUCAUUCAACUCAGGGACGUCUAAGCACGAACAAUCUCGCGGACGAAGUCGAGGACUUAUUCAUGCAAGAUUAUGAUAUCGAAACGGAAUACCACCAACUUCUGGGUGGCAAGUGGGACCAUAUGAUGGACCAAACUCACGUCCAAUAUUUCUAUUGGCAGCAGCCAAUGUCCAACACCAUGCCGCCCGUUUCUCGUGUCCAACCGAAAAAGGCAAGCCUGGCGGGUGUGAUGCGCAUUUCUCCGGAAGGCACAAUGGGAACAUGGCCAGGAGAUAAUCCGAAUCAAUGUGCACUAGGGUACGGCUGCCCACCCUAUACCAUGACUCUGGAUGCAUAUGUUCCUUUCCAAUCACGCUUCAUUGAUGUUGGCGCUGGUGGUCCAACACCGUUUACGUUCACCUCCACGUCGAAUGAGUCAUGGCUUACUUUGACACCGAAUAAGGGCUCUGUGUCACCUUCUAAUCCCGAAUUACGUGUUGAAGCAACCGUCGAUUGGAGUAAAGUCCAAGGAUCCCAAAUGGCAACUAUUAACUUUGUCGCGACUGCAAACGGGCAGAUGCCUCUGAGUGUUCCGGUAUUCUUUGUCGCAAAUCAUACUGUAGCACCUAGUAGCUUCCAUGGGUUCGUAGAAGGUGAUGGAGGAAUUUCCAUCGAAGCCGCCCAUGCUUCGCGGAACACCAGUGUGGCAGGUAUCACCUGGACCGAAAUUCCAGAUUAUGGGAAGACGUUGUCCGGUGUAACGCCAUGGCCGCGGUCCGGGAACAACUUCAACAACUUUACGGCUGGCUCCGGACCAAGCAUCGAGUACGACUUCUAUAACUUUAACACUAUCGGUGGAAACGGGACCGUUUCCGCUAAUGUACUCGUGUCCCCGACGCUUAAUUUUAUGGGACCGGACAGGCCUAUCAAGAUUGCUGUCCAGAUGGAUAAUCAGUCGCCUCAGACUGUGGCUUUCAUACCUCCCGCGCCUCCGGGCCAGCUGCCGGCGCAAUGGGAUGGUAAUGAUGGCUUCGUGGCAAAUGCUGCAGUGAGUGUCCUCACGAAUUGGACUGCACCGCCUGGUGCACAUACUCUAAAGCUCUGGAUGGUUGAGCCAGCGGUAAUCGUUCAGAAGAUAGUAAUUGAUACGGGUGGAGUCCGUCCAAGUUACCUAGGGCCACCAGAAAGUGUUCGGGUGUAA